GAACAGACAGGUUUUAUAAUAUUCAGCUCUCAGACGUGGACUGUUUUAGUCAGUUUUCGUGCGACGAUGUGUUGUCCUGGCUCACAGCAAACAGAGAAGGCCUCUCCGUUGGCACUGGCAACCACAGCGGUAGACUGCUGAUAGGCGUAGUCGUGCGUGGCGUUGCUAUUAUUGCCUGUUGACAUCAACACAGUUUGGUUGGUUACAGUUUAACCUAUUUUCUUUCAUCAGUGUCUUUUUUUUUUUGUAAUGUGGGACUGAAUAUCCUCCUCAGACGCUCUGUUCAGCAGAAACAACAGAGGACUGAAAAAAUUAAAGACGACAAUAUUGAUGUAGUGUUGUUGAGCAUCUAUGCCGGAGAAAGCCAAAACAUCUUAGUUGACCGUUACGAUGCUAAUCUUCACCGAUAAACUAAUGAAGUCUAGAAAAACAAAGCGGCCUUUCGGCAGUGAAGGUUUCUGCGUGCGAGCUUUCACACUAACUUCCUGACUGUUGGGUACAAACAGCCACAGCUUCCCUUUUUGUCGUCUGCUGCCGCUCGUUUUAGACGCAUGAGUUUGUAACACUCUGCUGCAGUUGUGUCCCUGACAAGCAGACUAAUGUUGAAUGUACGCUUUGACCAGGUUGUGUGAGACAAGUAGAAGUUAAACGGCUGCAUCACAGAGAGAAUUCAAAGCCAUGGCUCGUAGGAGUUCCCGUCUGGUGUCCGGCGGCUACUACAAUUCAGAUGAAGAGUCUGACUCAAGCAGUGUGACGAACAUUUCCUACCGAGAAAACCCAGUCAAAGUUUUCAAGAAGAAGGCAGGGACCCGCAAGGCUGCCUCCCGCACCUCCAGUAGAGCUAACAGCAAUGCUAGUUCUGGGAGCCCUGAGACGCCUGUCACUGCAGGCCAGUAUAACGGUCUGAGCCCGUCUCCUCUGAGCAUUCAGACCUCGCCCACCAUGAGGACUGCGCCCUACGUCCCCACCACGGUCACCCCUCGCCCCGCACUGACCCCGUCAUCAGCCCGGGCUCAGACGCCCACACGCUGCCCCUCAGUACCUCCAGAGAAGAGCGCUUACACCGGGCUCUUCUGCUCAGGCGGGUCAGGAUUACACUUGAGACCGAACCACAAGGAGCUAAGUCAGAGUGGCGUGGACAGCUCGGGAUACUCGUCCUCUGAGGGCACCUACAGGAAGGCUGUACCUGCCACCAGUAACACCAGCACAGUUAGCAGGGACAGCGGGGCUCCCAGUACUGGAUAUAGAGACAGAAUCAGCAGUGCCCUCGAUAGUCUAACUGAUUCAGCCUCGUUGAUGGCCGCUGCAGCACAUUCAAAAAUACUUCAUCUGACAGCUUUAGCUAAUGCUCCGGUCAGCAGCCGCAUGAAGAAAGCUUGUGGUCUGGUUCUCCUCUUCCUCAUCGUACUCCUAUGUAUCUGGUUGCUCCUUCCCUUCUUCACCUCUUUCAUCUCCCGCAUGACUGUCACAAAGACCCCGUCACAGACCAAACCCAAGAGUCAGCCUGUUAUCCCUGCCACUCCUCCUCCUCCUCGACCCAACACCAUGCAUUCCGCACCUGCUGUGGUGGACCCUGCCGUUGUGUCUGCUGCUGUAGACGCUAAGAUGCAGCAUCUUCUGGUGGAGCUGCAGCUGAAGCAGGAAGUCCUUCUCUCCCAGAUGAAGGAGAAACUGCAGCUGGACAUGCAGGAUAUGAAAGCCAAGCUGGAGGCGGUGGACUCCAACGGUCAGCUGCGUCUGGAGCAGGAGCUCGCUGGGCUGGGCAGGCAGAUGGAAGAUUACCAGACGGACAGCCGCUCUGCUGCCGCCACGCUCAGCCUCAGGAUCCAAACUCUGGAGGAACAGAACACCAAGCUGUCCCAGGAGUUGUCCUCCAUGCAGCUGACGCCUCCUCCAGCCCCUUGUCCUGACACCAGCGCCGCUCCCGUCGUCAACCAACUCACUCCUGAGCUCCAGCAGGCCAUGGAGAAGUGGUUCACUGACCGCAUCAAGGAACAGGAUGCAAUCAGGCUCGCUGACAAAGGAAGCUGCACAGACUGUGGGCGUCCCAUGGCUGACAAAAUGGCCGACUUCGCCCUGGAGACUCAAGGUGCCAGUGUGAUCAGCACCAGGUGUUCGGAGACGUAUCGUCAUCGUUCAGCUUGUCUCACCCUGUUUGGUUUCCCUCUGUGGUAUCCCUCUGAAAGCCCACGCACCGUUAUCCAGGGCUACCCGGUGCUGCUUCCGGGCAAAUGUUGGGCGUUUCACGGUGUCCAAGGCACUCUUGUCAUCUCGCUCUCUCACCCCGUGAGGAUAAGUCAUGUGACGCUGGACCACCUGCCUCGCUACAACUCUCCCACCGGUCGCAUCGACUCCGCUCCCAAAGACUUUGAAGUUUACGGCAUGAACAACGACACAGAAGAAGGAACACUGCUGGGGAAGUUCACUUACGAUGAGAACGGAGCAUCGACGCAGACGUUCAAGCUGCCUAACCCGAGCGACUUGGUUUAUCGAUUUGUGGAGCUGCGAGUUCUCACCAACUGGGGUCACGUCGAGUACACGUGUCUUUACCGCUUCCGUGUGCACGGACAGAUCGCCUCCACAUGAGACUCCAGGUCCACGCAGAGUGACGUGACAGCGCAUUCCAACAUAUCACAAAGUACAUUUGAAAUGGAGACUUUUUUUUAUAAAGAUUAAAAGUCACUUGAUGGUCUGAGAUGCGUUCGAGGCCAAAAUGCUACUGAAGAAGUUUUUGGUGUUGACUUGGGUCACGCCUGUGUGUCAGCUGUGUGUGUGUGGCAACAGGUUUUGCUGUUUUUUUGUGCUGACUUAAUGUUAAAAUGACAAAAUUAUCAGAGCGUUUUGUGCAGUGCACAUUCAGCUUUAAAUGAUUGCAAAGAGAAAUGGGUUUCUAAAAACCAAAAAUCUAUCUAGUAAAACCAUAUGGAGGCGUGAGGUUCUGGCAACUUUAUGCUUUCAAUCACAUGAGCGUGCCACAGAAUAAUUGUUCAUCUUUUCCUGUUAUUGAUUAUUGCUGAUACUUAUGAAGUGUUUCCUGCUUUACAUUCUUACAGCGCACAAUCACAGUGGAAGCUCCCUGGUUAAAUAACAUUACAUUUUGCCAGCGGGUAGCUUCAGUGUUACAUGCCUUGCUUCAUGGUACAAGCAGAAGCAGGUCACUUUACUGACCCACAUUUCUGCAGGUGAUCCAGUAACAGCUGGUUCCAGUCAUCGCCAUCAAGGCUGCCUGCCACAUCACCUACAGUCGUCCUCAGAUGUAUUCAUACCCUC